AAGCAUUAGCUGGCUCUUAAGGUUCCAGCACUGUUUUGUCUUCCCCUCUGGAUUGAUUUGAAAAUCACAGGAUGUGUUUCCGAGGCUGCAGAGGCUCCAAGGUGGUGCUGAUCAUCUGAUUCCACUGCAGCACUUUCUGCUCUUGUGCCUUUGAGGUGCCUGUGCCUCACGUGGGAGUGCAGUGGGUUACCUUAAAGGGAAAAUCUGAUGAAACUUCUUCAAGAACUUGUUGUUACAUGUGAUAUCUUAGUGGAAUUUACUGGAAUAGAAUGGAGAUUCCUGACCUAGGAUCUGGAACAGAGCUGCAAACACAUUAAUUUCUCAGGGUGAGAUUGCCUCCACUCAAAGGAACCACAACAUACUGGAGAUACACAAGGUGUAUACCAUUCACCCAGACUAAGAAAAGCUUUGUUCUGAAAGGAAUAAAAGAAUCAUGGCAGAAUGUACAGGUUACAAGGAAACCUCAAAUCGACACCUCCGUUUCAAGCUGCAGAGCCUCAGUCGCCGCCUUGAUGAGCUGGAGGAAGCAACAAAAAAUCUGCAGAAAGCAGAGGAUGAACUGCUGGACCUCCAGGACAAAGUUAUCCAGGCAGAAGGCAGCAACUCCAGCAUGCUGGCUGACAUUGAAGCCCUGAGGAAAAGAGUGCUGAAGAUUGAAGGCAAGGAUGAAGAAAUCAGGAAGGCUGAAGAGCUUUGCAGAUUAAUGAAAGAAAAGCUUGAAGAGGAGGAGAGCCUCACUCGAGAUCUGAAGUCAGAAAUUGAACUCCUUCAGAAGAGAAUGGCAGAGCUGGAGAAGCUGGAGGAGGCUUUCAGCAGGAGCAAGAAUGACUGUACACAGCUGUGUCUUAGCCUCAAUGAAGAAAAGAACUUGACCAAAAAGAUAUCUACAGAAUUAGAAAUACUUAGAGUGAAAGUGAAAGAACUGGAAUCAUCUGAAGACAGGCUGGAUAAAACUGAGCAGACCUUAACAGCUGAGCUAGAAAAGCUGAAAUCCUUAGCCCUGAGCUUUAUCACAGAAAGAAAACAUUUUAAUGAAAGAGAAAAACAAAAUGAAAAAAUAAUCCAGGAGCUAACACAGAAAUUAGAACAAAACAACAAACUAAAUAGGGCAGAUCAAACUAGAAAUGCAUCCAACUUGCUAGAAAGGUCAUCCAACAAUCUCCUGGACAGAAAUGAUAUGAGAAUUGAAGAUGACUUGACUUCUGCACUGCCUUCUAAGGAGACCAGGAGGAAGGGAAGUGUGGAUUACCUGAAACACGUAGAAAAUGAAACCAGGAAUAAAUCAGAAAACCAAAAGAAUAAAAACCAGGAAGACAACAAAGUGAAAGAUCUCACCCAAGAAAUUGAGAAACUUAAAAUUCAAAUCAAACAUUUUGAAUCUUUAGAAGAAGAACUUAAAAAAGUGAGAGCCAAAAAUAAUGAUCUGCAAGACAGUUACUUGAGUGAGCAGAAUAAGAACAAACUCUUAACAGGUCAGCUAGAAGAAAUAAAAAUGCAAAUAAAGAAACAGAAAGAGCUGGAGAAUGGAGAAGUUGAAAAUGAAGAUACAAGCUUUUCUAGCAGAGGAAAGCAUGACAGACCUAAAUACAGAGGUGUCCUGGCUGAUUUGGCAGCUGCUAAGCACAAGCCAAGGGAGCUCUCACCACAGCAGCGCCGGGAAAGAGCGCGGAACAGAGACUUUGCUCUCAGCAAUGACAGCUACAGCCACACUGCUAAAAGAGUGCCCAGUCCAAGCUUGAUGAACAGAAAAGCAGGGAAAGCUUCUGCUGCAUCUGCCCUUUUAGACACUGCUGUCACAGACACAAGGAGACUGGAAGAGAAAUCUUUAGUUUCCACUCUUUCUUCUGGUCAGAAGGAAAGCUGCGUCGUGCAGAACGAGGGGAAGAGAUCCAAAGAGCAGCCAUCUGUCCUCAGCCGGUAUCCUCCUGCUGCACAGGAGCAGAAGGCUUGGAAAGCACCUUCCAAAGCUGUUGGUGACACAGGCCUGAGAUGCAAGGUGGAAAAGCCAUCUCAGGUGUUCCGUGGGAGCUGCCAGAAUGGCGCUGACGCGCGGGAUGAAAAGCCAAGCAAAGGAGAAUCAGUGGCUUCUUUGUCUGACAAGCUGAAGACAAGUCAGGCUGAGGUCAGUGAGGGCUUGGGGGACCCACAGCUCACCAGGGGUACCCACAGCUCUUCCAAUGGCACAGCCUCUGCUUACAGGUACCACGUGUCCUCCAGCGGGUCAGCCUCGGACUCUGCUGCCUCCAAAGUGGAAGCAGCGAGCACUUUUGCCUCAUCACACAGACAGCCCUCAGAGGGGAGGGCCAAAAGGGCAGUGAUCUCCCAGGAAAGAGAAGCUGCAGACACGUCACCUGAAAGUGGGAAGCUUUCAACACUGACAAAGCGCUCCCAUCACUCCAGGAGUCAGGAGGACAUUCUGCAGCUUCUCACAGGUCUUGAUAAAGAAGGCACUGAGCAGUCUUCAAGUUCAGCAGCAGAUCAUGUAAAUAUGGGUUUAAAAAGUGACUCCAAAACCAUCCAGAGUAACCAGGAAAAAGUUAAUUCAGAUGAAGAAUCAGGGAGAGGCAAAAAACCAACCACUCUGUCGGAUUUUGAGACAAGAAAAAAAGUCAGUUCCAAGCAGUUCUCCAAUUCUAGGGGAGUUUUUAGAGCAUCGCUUUUUGAAAAUGACAAAAAAACUGUGAAUGAUGAAGACUCUACCAAGAGCAUAAAACCAUUAGAUGCCAGCACUGGAGAAUUGAAAUCCAGAAGAUCCUUCAGCCCUAGAGAAGCUCUGAGAUCAAAAGCCAUCAUUAAACCUGCAAUUGUUGAGAAGGAUAUGAAGGCAAUCAUGGGAGGGACUGUUUCAGAGGCAGAGUCAGAAAAACAGAAGUCUACUUUUAAAAUGGUAACAAAUAAAAUGACAAGCAGCAUCACAAUCUUUCCUUCUGAGCCAACAGCUUCAAGGACCACUGCAGAUGCAGCAGCAAAGCAUGUUACCACCAGCAACAUCAGAGUGGCUUCAAAUGAGCCUUCACCACCAAUAACAAACAAUGUCCCUUCACCCUUUGAGGUGGCAAUAAAUAGAAGUGCUCUGAAGUCAUCUGAGGCAGACAGAAGUGGGGAGGCAGUGCUGAGGAGUAAAGCUGAAACAGUGGUCUCGAGAAGCAGCAUUAUGCUAAAGACCUCUGAAGUGACAGAGAGGAACAGUGGAGAGAAUCAGCUCUCUUCCAGAGAGCCUUUGGAGACAAUCAGCUGGAAGAGCCACGGCUCAUCAGAUGCAGGUUCAUCCGAAACAAAGCACGUCACUGUCAGAAGUUCCUGGAGAACAAGGCAAGGCCUGCAUUCCCUGGAGGACUCUCAAACCAAAGCGGAGAAAAGUGCAACUUUCAGUGCCACAAACUUGUGUAGAUCCUCAGUGGACCUUUUAGAAGGGGAAGGGAGUAGCUCAAAACCAGACUUCACGGAGCAGCCUUCCUCAAGGACAGGUGCCACAGCUAAUUCUUGGAGUGCCCCUGAGCUGGGCUCCCGAAGGACCAAAAGCAACUUGAGUGCCCCUGAGCUGGUGCCCCGCAGGAGCUGUGCCAGUGACCCUGCAGCAGCUGCUGCUUGGCAGCGCUCCCCGCCACCUGAUGAGAGCAAGGAUUUUGUGUCCAGUUCCAGAAGGAAGCAGUAUGGCUCUUCUGAGUACCUCCUCCAGGCUGACACUCUGGGCAAAAGGACAGCCAAGGUGGAGCUGCAGGAGCAUGAAUCCAACUCCCCUGCACCACCAGGGCUCCAGGGAGAGGAGCAGGGCCCUGCCCGUGCUGGCCGGACAUCGCGGAGAUGAGGGAGAUGAGCUGUGCUCCCCUCUCAGCCCAUGGUGAAGCAAGAGGCAGGACAGUACCAAGCUCAGAGGCAUCACCACCUGUUUGUGACCUCUCCAGAGGCUUCAAGCAGCCUGGAACCAGUUUUGUAAUGAGAAUUGAAAGGUACAAGAGCUUUACCAGUGAAUUCUUUUUCUUCAUUGCUGAAGAGGCAGCUGCAGAGACUUUGCUCAGGGGACUCCCACUUCUCAUCUCUGUACCUGCAAUCCUUAUCUUCCCUGUAGGAUGAUAGCUCUGUCUCCAUAUGGAAAGUCUGACUACCUAGCCUCUCUGAACAAUGGUACUCCUUGCACAAGAGAGAACUUUUUGUUCACUUGCAUUCACACAAGGUCCCAGCAGUGUCCCUGUGAUUGCAUCCACCAGCCCAUGAAGCUGUCCACCACAACUGGAGGCUUUCAGUUCAUAUGGAGUUUGCAUUUUCCUUGCUGGCUGGGGCAGUGGUCACCUCAGCACCUGUGUUUCCAGCACCCUUGGGCAAGAGGAGACUGUUCCCCGCUGGUUACUUUACAAAUUGAGAGGGAAGGAGAGCAGAAAAUGCUUAGAAGGAGUUGGUUCCCUAUCACUGUCAGUCUCUGCAACAAGCUUUGCAUGAUCUACUCAUCACCAGGUGAGAUAUGCACCAAGAAAUCAUCCAGUGAGCCAGAGCAACACAGCAGUGACACCUCCUCCUCCUCCUGGGCCCAGGUGCCAUUUAUCUGGAGCUUUGUGUUACACUCUGCAGGCAACAGCUCUGUGCUGGUGCAAGGCACUCGAGCCCUAUGAGAAAAAGAAACAAGUGCUUUUCCUCACAGACAAGCACAAUGUCCUUGUUCCUUCCCACAGCAGGGUGGAGACAGCUGGGUUGGACCCUGUGGUAGCUUUGGUCUGUGCCUCACCCCCUGUCUGCCAUGCCAGGUGUGCUCAGAGACUGCUCACACACAGAGCUGUGUCCCCAGCAUGCAGCUGCUGUCACUGUGGGGCAGACACGUCCCCACAGCUCCAGGAGCUGCUCAGGUCACCAGCAGCUUGUCCUGAGCAGGGUGAUUGUCCCUGGCCCUCACAGCAGGGCUCUGACAGUCCCUCCUUUCCUUCCCAUCCCAUCUGCUGGGCUGGCCCCCACACAAACACCCCCAGUGCUGCCUGUCCUGUCCCUCUCUGCAGCAGCAGGACAAGGAGAAUUCUCCAGACACAAAAGGUCCUUGAUCUGUCUCAGAGGUGCUGUGGGCAGAGCUGCACCCCAACAGCUUCCCUGAGCUGCACCCCACACUUGUGCCCAUGUCCCCCCUCUGCAGGAGCAGGGACCAGACUGCCUGCACUGCACCUCCCUGGCCUGGGAAAUGCACACCUCAAUUCUGAGAAGAAAAUUAAUCAAAAAAAAAAAAAAACAAAAAAAAACAAAAAAAAAAAAAAAAACAAAAACACAAACCCGAUAGAGCUGGUUGCAAAAUAUCUAUGGAAACAUUUCUAUAAAAGGGAUGUGUUUUAGUGACAUGAUUAUUUUUUUUUUAUAAAGAUUGUUUGGAGGAAGGGAAAAAUUAUUUUUGAAAAAAGAAAGUUUCUUUUUGGAAUUUUAAAGAUGUUUUCCCAAGUGUAUAUUUUUAAUCCCUCAUUUUAUUCUUUUACAUAUCAUGACAUAUGUGUCAACUUGCAUAACAAGACAAAAAGAUGCUUUUAAAUUAGUACUGAGUGGCAGCUCUAAUAAUCUUUAAAUUAUAUUAAAAUAAAUUGCAUCAACUGCUCUCUCUUACCAUUGACAUGGUAGUGCUAGUAGAAUGAAAUAACGGGGAAAAAAAUUUAAACUGAAACUAAAAAAUGAAAGAAAGUGAAAUUCUGAAGCUAAAUUCAGACUUCUUACUGCCUCCCCCUGCUCUGUUUAUCAGGAAGGAUUGGAAAUCCUUAUGGAUUGUGCAGUCUGAAAGCAGUGGGUGCAUCAGUCCUGUGCAUCCUUCCUGAGCACCUGCUCUGCCCAGCACUCACUGGGUGCCAGGCUCAGCACCCACAACAGCUGCAUUGUCUGAGCAGCAGCAGCAGCAGCUUCCCUCACCCCUGUGUGCCCAGCAGUGCCCAGCUCUGCUCUGCUGCUGCCUCUGACUCUGCCCCUUGUGUGCCCUCCAGACCAAACCUGCUGCCUCAGCUGCCUCCCUCUGUACCUGCCUGCUCACCCUGGGAGCAGCUGGGAGGCAGCUUGGGGUGUCCCUGCAAUUCAGGUGUCACUGGGGUUCCCUCUCUGCUGGGAGCAGCUCUCCUGCUGUCACCUGCACCAGCCACGGUGGCUGUGGGAGAACCUGCAGGGUGUGGGGCUCCCCUUGUGCCCCCAGAGCCCUGCAGGGUGUGGGCGUGGGGCUCCCCUGCCCUUGGGCACUGCUGCCCAGGACCUGCAGCCUGGACAGACUGCUGGACAGCACGGACAGACUGAGGACAAGGAUCACUCUGGGCAGUGAUUGAAGCCUCCCCUCACAGUCCCAGCCCCAUCCUGCUGCAGGACGUGGCCUCACACACCACAGGGCGUCCCUGCACAUCCAGCAGCUUCUUCCUCCUCCUCCUCCUCCUCACCUUGUUGGCGUGGAUGUGGCUCAGCACAAAGAGCCUCCCAAGGGAAGUGGUUUCAGCUGUGGUGAGGAAAUCUCUGCAUCCCUGUGAGUCAACACAGGGGUGAAAUCAGCUUCCCUGAGCCUGCCCACAGAACUGGCUUUACCCAUCAGCUUUUCUGCUCACCCAAGAACACAGCUCUGAAAUGCAAGGGAAGAACCACCAGCAGCAAUGGCUGUUGGCUUUUCUCCUUCUGCCAGCCAGGACAAUGGGAGGGCUUUAGCCCCAGCUAUUGCCCCAGCAACACAGCACUGCUGGCACUGUCUUCAGGUGCUCCUCACAGAUGAUGUCUCUCCUUUCUCCAGCUGCCUCAGUUAUUUGUUCAAUAUUUUACAGCAGACACCUUGAACUCCUGCUCUAGACUCAGUUUCACUGCUUGUAAAUACUGGACACAGAUGUCACUUGGUAACUGCACACUGGUUGUUUUUACCACAGCUGAGAUGAAAUCUGAGAAAGAAAACCCUACCUAGUAUGGAAAGGGGCCAUGCCCUCUAGUCAAUGAGUGCAAUAGGAGCUGAUUGUAUUAUUAAUCUUAUAGCAAUGACUUCAGGAAACACAAUGUGUUGACUCGAAUUGCACACUUUUUUUGAACAGCUGUAAAAUAGAGUAUAUGUGUAAAUAUUGCCAUCACUGAAGAAGUAUUUGUAAUUUUAGCAUAUAAAUAUAACAGGCUUUCCAGCAGGCUCGAUGAUGCACAAGGCCACGCAUCGAGCCUUGGGUAAUUCCAAAGUUGUAAAUGUAUUUGCUGUACAGAGGAAGUGUCAGUGCUUGCUGCUCCCAAGGAACCUCAGCUGCUGCUCCCUCUGGAGAGCCAGGGCUUUCCCCACAAGGGCUGGCUCCAGCCUGAGGGCCCAGCAGCUCACUGCUUCAUGGAAUGCCUCCCUCACGUCUGAACACCUGUGCAGCCUGCAGAGCUGCCUGUCCAGCUCCUGGAGGCUCUGGGGACAGCCUGGCCCCUGCUGCUGUGCAGGGCAGCCUCUGCCAGGCCCCCAGCAAGGGAAAAGGGCAGGAAGCACAGGGCAGAGCCACGUGCCUUGCUGCUCCCAGAGACACUCGACACAAUCCCCCAGCUGCAGGUUGAAGCAAUAGUCACACUGGUGUCACUCUAACCUAGCAGACCUCAUCCCUGCCACCCUUGCACACGGCUGAAGCAAUCAGGGCACUGCUCCAGGCCAGCCCCAGGCUGAGCUGUGCCCAGAACAGAAGCCAUUGUCAGCAGCUGCCCCCAUGGCCAGGGCCCAAAGGAUCCCCCUGGGCUGCAGUGCCGGCUCCUGCUUUGGGGAAGCAGCACUCCAGGCUGCAUGGAAUGUAUUUUUAAGAGAAUAAAUCUAUUUUUUUGUAUUUGUGAACAUAUAUUUGGGUGGGGCAGCUUAGUUAGAAGACAAAUAAUGCAAGCAAUCUUUUCAUAAUCACAGGUUCAUCCGAGUUAAGCAGAUUUUCCAGGGUUGCAGUAUUGCCUUUUCCCCUAAAAUAAACUUUGUGUCCAAUAGAGCUAUGAGCAGUGUUCCACCCUUAGAACUUGCCCUGUCUCAGCAUGCUGAGUAGAGGAAAGCCAGCACUUUCCUCCCCAGGCUGCCCAUGCAGUGGAUACACAGAUGGUGCUCACCUCCUUCCAGCGACACAGUGCUCUUAGUCUGCAUGCCAAAUGUAAACACACUCGUAUCUGCAUGUCUCUCCUGACUCAAUCACUGUCAGUGCUACAGUAUAUAACCAAUAAACACUCUUCUCUUUUUA